CCGGGAUGACACCCUGGACUCGGUCCUCGACCGCCUAAGGAAGGGCGCCGUCCGCAGGGGCGACCUGCGCGUCCGAGAUCGCCGCCGAGGCCAGUCUCGCCGCGGCUGGUCAGCAGGACGCCGCCGCGUCCCUGGAGAAGGUCGUCGCGAGGUUUCUUGAUUUCGACCGAGCCGCCAAUGCGUACUCUGGCGGCUCGUGGGAUUUCGACGACCACCUGGACGUCUUCCUCCGCAGCGGCGCCCCUGUCCUGCUCGUCCAGCUCUACCUCUCCAGCGACGAGGCGUGCCGCGGCGGAGCCGAGCGCGCCAUCCGAUGCUUCCUGCCCACCGUCAAGGCGUGGACGGCGCCCUUGCUCUUGGAUUUCUGCGGGUCCUUCGCCGGCGGCGCGCGUGCGGACGACCCGCUCUACACUGGCUUUCGGAGCCUGCUUGCAACGGCGCUCUCCGAUCCCAACCGGACCACGGAGCGCUGGCGCGACGUGCCGCGACGGCGGGUCGCCGAGCACUUGACCCGGCUUGCUGGGGAUAUGGCGAACGUUCUUAUUGAAGAGAUCGCCGGCGACGAGCAGGUGCUGUCCCACACGUCGGCUAUGAAGAACUUGGCCGAGUUCAAGAUCUUCUGGUCCGUGCUCCGCGCGUAGGUGCUUGAGGAUGAUGAUGCCGGCACGCCGCGUCGCCCGACGAGGAGGGUACGGUGGCGACCCCUGCUGAGGAGCGUCAACGAUUGGAUGGCUAUGUUCGAGACGAGCUUGUUGCUGCUGCGCCAGCAGCACGGCUCGUCGUCGAGCGCGGUGCCCAAGUGGACAGCCUCGCUGCACAGCGUUGUUUGGGCCGUCCUGGCCGAGCUGGACGCGUGGCCGGAUAUCCACGAAAUGGUCGGAGACACGUUGGAGGUGCACGCGACGGCGGUCACUGCGCUUGUGCUGAGCGCCGGGAGGGAGCUGAGCCAGAACAUCCGCUGGAUCACCAGGCACAGGGACGUUUCUCGAGUUCGAGGCGCGGAGGCACCUGGCCAUGGCGAUGCUGCCGGAAUCCGUCGCCGGCAGAGACGCGCCACCGCCGCACGAGAUGCUCAUCGUUCGAGGUUGCUCUCCGACUCAUUCGGGUACAUUGCUCUCGCGACGCCCCGGGCUCUUCGCGCUGCGGCUCUGGUAGUGGCGUUCAAGCACGAGCAAGCCGCCGGCCCUGGCGUGGUGAGAGAGUGGUUCUGCUUGGUGUGCCAGGCCCUGUUCAACCCUUGCCUUGUUCUCUUCUCACCGUGUCCGCAUGACAGGCGAAGGUUCUUCAUCAAUCCAACAUCCGUCGUGGAUCCACUGCACCUGCAGUACUUCAAGUUCGCAGGACGGAUGAUUGCAUUAGCCCUGAGGCAUAAAAUCCAUGUGGGAGUUUUAUUUGACCGGACAUUAUUCUUGCAACUAGCUGGAAGACCUAUUACGCUGGAUGACAUUGCGGAUCCAGAUCCAUCCUUGCAUGCCAGCUGCAAGAAGAUCCUAGAAAUGGAUCCGACUCUUGUGGAUUCAGACGUGUUGGGGCUACGAUUCAUUCGAGAAGUCGAUGUGUUAGGGUUAAGGACGGUGACUGAACUCUUCCCAGGAGGAAAGGAUACUUCAGUUAAUAGUGAGAAUCUAUAUGAGUACAUCAAUCUGCUAAUUCAAGAUAGCUUCGUGAACUGCACCAGACGUCAACUGGGCCAUUUCGCUGAAGGAUUUAGCAGCAUGCUUGGCGAAACGAUAUCUCAGACAGCGUUCUUCGAGAGUCUGAAUGUUGAAGAUUUUGACGAGAUGCUUGGUGGAAGCAAGGACAGUAUAGAUGUGAAACAAUGGAGAGCUCAUACUCACCACCGUGGAUACAAAGAAAAUGAUGGCCAGGUCAACUGGUUCUGGAAGGUUGUGGAAAGCAUGACGGUUGAACAGCAAAGGAGGCUGCUCUUCUUCUGGACCUCGGUGAAGCAUUUGCCGUCAGAUGGUUUCUUGGGGCUCGAUUGCAGGCUGUUCAUAUUUAGGGCCUCCAGUUCCCGCGACCAUCUCCCCACCUCGCAAACCUGCUUCUACCACCUCAACCUGCCAGCUUACACUUCGUUAAGCAUGAUGCAAAGCCGGCUGCAGAUGGUCGUUCAGGAACAUGUGAGCUGCGGCUUUGGUGCGUCGUAGCUUCUUCUGCUCUCCGAUUCAGUGUUAAGUAACUUAAUCCUCCGCAUUUGGAGUGUAUCUUGUAUGCACUGAUUUUGGAUACUGUAACUGACAUCGUAGUAGCGGUGUGUUCUUAGGCUGGUCUUGACUACUUUAAGAGACAUGCAAGUCUGUCGCGAGAAAGAUUCAUCCCAGGUCAUUACAUGACAUCAUGUAAAAGUUUCUUGUUUGGGUUUA